AUGGUUUUUCUCCUAUUGCUCAUCUUUAUUUCUACCGUACUGUCUUCUCAAGAACUGUAUGCACCACCAAUUCUUGUUGGUGGAUCCUAUGUGCUUUCUACAAAUUACGAAGGAGCCAAAAAUUCUUCGACUGGAAUUAAAAGAUUAUUGAAUUCUGAAACUGAGGACACAUGGCAAGUUUUUCAUUUUUGUACAAAAGAUGGGCAGAACAAGGACAAGUGUGGCGCAUGGGUGGAUAAGAACGGCAAAAAAAUCGCGGGAGCCAACAACAAUGUGAAAGAAGUGGAGGACGUCUACUUGUAA